AUGGUCAAUGAGGAUACUCACCAACAUCAACAUCAACAACAGCAACAACAGUUUGUUAGUAUGAGUAGUAUGAAUAGUCUUAGCAUGUAUAGUGGAGUAGGCGAAGGAUUAGAUUGUAGUGGAGUAUCAUCAACAAGUAUAGGUUGUAGUCUUUGUAAAUGUCAACAUCAUAAUAAUAAUAAUAAUAAUAACAACAACACUAUAUAUAAGCAACAACAACAAUAUAAUCAUAAUAUGUUACCAAAGAUUGAUGAACAUCAACAACAACAACAACAACAACAACAACAAUAUGUACAUAAUGAAGAAGAACAGGAAGAAGGAACAUCUAGCUCAUUGGUUAGAUUGAAUGUUGGUGGAAAGAAAUAUAUAACUACAAGAGAUACAUUGUUGUCAAAGGGAGAGAACUUCUUCUCAUCACUGCUGACGGGUAAUCUGCCGUCGAUCAAAGAGGAUGGCUAUUACUUCAUCGAUAGGAAUGGACGCUACUUUGAGUACAUACUGGAGUUUCUGAGGACGGGCUAUGUGGACAAUCCGAUCGACGUCAGCAUCGAGUCAAUCUUUAGAGAGGCCGACUUCUAUCUCGUCAAUCCAGGCUUCCAGCUGCAAUGGCUGGCGCAGCAGCUGCACAAGAGUGCGUCGGCCAGCAGGUCCAACAGUAGUAAUGAAUGUAGAAUGAUACAGAGCAAGGCAGACUCGUCGAUGGGUGCAUCGUCUGGCGAGGUCAACGCCACUCAAAGCAAUGCCGCCGCUGCCACCUCAACAAUGAUCACCGCCGCUACAAGAAGAAGACAUCAACAGCAUCAACAACAUCAACACCAACAACUGGUUAACAAUCAAGACAUUAGGUGGUCACUUGGAGGAUUGGUCGAGCGACUGUUAAAGAUA